AGCGGCUGCAACGCAACGCUGCACAACCUUUCUCUCCUCUUUCCCUAUUUCUGUUUUUAUUAUCUUUUGUUUUGUUGCCUCUCCUUCUUUUUCUCUUUCUACAACCUGACUGGAUUGUACUUUACCGACAUUGAUUCUCCCUUCUAACUAACUCUCUCUCUCCCUCCUUUCCUGUUUCAUCAUCAAUUUAUAUUUAUAUAUUUAUAUUUAUAUUUAUAUUUAUAUAUAUGGAUACAAUUAUUUACCUGACAUUAAUUACCUUUCCCUUCCUCGUUUGUUGGUUGGUUUGUUUCUUUUCCUUUUAUUAUUAUCUAUUAUUAGUAUUGUUUUAUCAUCUAGACUUUUCUUUUUUUUCUACUGUUGCUGUGCUUUGUGGGUUGUAACGUCCCUUAGCGUGAGUUGAAGCCGCCGCCGCUGUGCAGCGCUGAUUCUGUUGCCUUCUUUGAAGGCCGCUCGGCACGCUUUCUUGAGGCAUGUUUUAAGUGUGUUUGUGUGGGUGGGUAUGUGUGAAGAGAAGGGGGGGAGGUCUCCCUCCUCCUCCGUUGGUAUUAUGGAUCAUCAACGAUCCCUUAGGCUUUUAAGCCUCUCGUCCUCUUCGCUUUUCUUUAUAUCUUAUCUUUGUGAUGCCUGUUAUUUUCGUGUGUUUUCUUUUUUCCUCUGAUUUCUCUUCCUAUCUUCUUCUCUCCCUCUCGCUCUCUGUGCAUCGCAGCUCAUUGAGCUGUACGAUUCAUGUACAACGACGGCCGACAAGCACACGCAUUACACAUGUCUCUGCGCAAACGGAUCUCCAUUCAAAAGGGGAAAUAUAUAUACGGCGUUCUGAUCAGCAAGAGUAAAGGAUAAGACGCUUCUGUGCGUGCGUGUGUGUCGGUCCGUCGUCAUCUCUGUGUGUCCGGGUGUGUUUUGAUUGUUUUUUUAUUUCUUUUUCUCUUUCUCUCUCUCUCUCUUGGUUGUCAUAGCCAUUGCUUCGGCGGCUCCUCUCUGUGGGUGUUAUUUCCUUGACGUCUCACUCCAAAAACCGCAAAACGUGUACGCGCUGUCGUGGUCGUUCUCCUUGGCAACGCAUCACGAGAGGGUGUCUUUGGUUUGAUUGGUCUUUCCUAGUGACUCUUGACCACCACCACCUCCUUUUCCGACUUGCCCUCUAACGGAAGGAGAGCUCUAGACGGCACACGCUGCCCCGUGGCGAUGCCCCUUUUACCCUCAACUGUGCACGAUUUUUGGGUUUGGUGUCUUAACGCUCCUCCUCCUCCUCCGCCGCCGCCGCCGCCGCCGCUCUCCCCUCAAACUUUUUUUUCCUUCUUCGAUCGCUUUUCUUUUGGUUUUUGUGCUGUUUCUUCGUUUCUUCGCCGCCACUGCACCCCCCCCCCCUCCCGACUCUGCCAAGAGCAGAUUCAUCGCUCGACGUGUCAGUAUCGCGCGCUUGACGUGGGUGGGCGGGUGCAUCUAGUGUGGUUCCUUCGAAGCACUCCGUAAGCGAACACACACACAUUCCUCUCUUUAUUUAUCUAUCUAGAUAUAUUUCUAUUCUCCACCAGCGUAAUGCGGGGCAACAGCAACUCUCGCACACCGGCGAGCGACUUCGUGCAGGACUACGCCGCGAAGCGCCAGGCGCAGAUGGACCGCGCACGGCAGCUCCGUGAGGAACGCCUUCAGCAACAGCAACAACAGCAGCUACCGCUGUCGCCCAACCGGGGUGGUGACGUCAGCGGUGGCGGUGGUGGUGGUGGGGCCGCCCCAUCGCUUACGUCACCGACGGCCUCGCAGGGCAGCGGAGGUGGUGGCGCCGCCGCCUCCUCACGCCCUCCCCCGCACGUGCCGCACUCCCGUCAUCCGUCGUCAGCGCAUGGGAGCUCCGACGCAGCCGCAGCGGCGGGGGCGGACUCGCCAACGGAUGGGGGGCGGGUACUGUAUGUGAAAGAGGCGAACUUCAAGCAGGCCUCGCAGGCGGGCAUUAUAACCCCCGAUCAGGCCCGGCAGCUCUGGGCAAUGCUGUCGAACCAGAUUAUUCGGGUGUGCCCCCCGGGCGCCGGGCAGAGCGCGAACGCGGUGUCGGUGAGCAGCCUACUGGCGCUGUCGAACAACUCCUCGACGUCGUCGAGCACGGACCGGAGGAGCGCCAACGGAGGUGGAGGAAGCAACAACAAUACCGGCUUUGGAGCCAGCAUUUCCCUCGAGUCCCUCCGCACGAGCAUCGCGUUUUUCAAGCGCGAGCAGCAGCGCCUUCGGCGGCAGCAGCAGCAGGGUGGGGGUAGCGGGAAUGGCGGUGCGAGCAGCAACGGUGGUGGAGGACCGACAGCAGCAGGCGGCCGCCCGGCAUCCUCGUCGAAAGCAAACAACGCGUUGACCGCCGGCAGCGCGCCUUCGCCGCCGCAACGUCCGUCGUACGGCAGCGAAGAAGACGAAGACGCAGAUCCGCACGGGGAUGAGGAGAACGCCCGUGGUGCGGCGGCGGCACCGCCACUGCGCGGCAGCCCCAGCGGCCGCCACAGCAGCCACCGCCCCGCUUGGAACUCCGACGUGGACGUCGACUACGCAAAUGAGCCGCCCGUCGCGUCCUCCGCAAGCGGCGCGGCAGCCCGGAAGAAGCCCCGCACGGGCGCGACAGCGAAGGCGAGCGCGGUCCGCCCUGCUCCUGGCAGCAAAGCCCCACCGUCAGGGGUGUCAUCGUCUUCCACUGCUCGUGUGUCUCAGCCAGUCCCGAACAGCAGCAGCGGUGGUGGUGGUGGUGAUGGCCGUCGGUCCAGCUACGAUGAAAGGCACGCCUCGGAGUCCGCAUACCUAUCCUCACCUCCCCCUGCUUCUGCUGCUGCUCAACCUCGCAGUACAGCCGCAGCAGGUCGACGUCCACCAACAAACCGCAGCGCCGUGAGUGGUGGUAGUGGUGGUGGUGGCGCACCGCUGCUGCUCGAUGACGUACCAGUCGGCGCUGGCGCUGGAGGGGGUAUGAGUGAUUGGUCCAACGCCUACCCGCCCGGCAUGGCUCCGCCAGACAGCCGCGGCGGUGCUGCGGUGGACGUGACGGGUGGCCUCAGCAUUGCGGACGCGCCGGAAAACGAGAUGAUCGCAGCGGAGGCCGCCGCCGCGGCGCGGGAACCGACAGCGGCGUGCCCCACUUGCGGACGCACCUUCCGCGCGUCGGUUCUGCCGCGGCACCAAGCGCUGUGCCGCAAGCAGGCGAACAAACCACGAAAGGUGUUCAACAUGCGCGAUCAGCGUUUAGAUGGGGUGGAGGGGAUUAAGGAGGUACAGCGCGUGGCUCCGCGUAAUGCGCGAGGUGGUGGUGCUGGUGUCGCUGCCGGUGGUGGUCGUGUUGGUGGUGGUGGUGCGGGCAGUGAUGCCGUUAAAGGCAAACUCCCCAAGUGGAAGGUGCAGCACGAGCAGUUUCAAGCCGCGAUGCGUGCGGUACGGGGGCAGCCUCAGGGCGGUGGUGGCGGUGGAGGGUUUGCACCGCCACCGGCACCGCUUCCGGAGGAGUACGACGACCGCGUGCCGUGCCCGCACUGCGGACGGAAGUUUGCGGAGGAUGUCGCGGCCCGACACAUUCCGAAGUGCGCGACAACGGUGGCGAAGCCGAAAGGCAUCCGUCCGAUUCGCCGCUAG